AUGAACCAGACACCUUAGAUUUUGGACUCUAUUCAGACUGAAUAAGAUGCAUUACAUAAAGCCUAAAAUAAAAUUUUAGAUGAAAAUACAAAGAAUGAGGAAUAAAUUUAGUCGUAAGUACCAAUAAUGUAACCAACCAACAUUUAAGCUUAAAACAACUAAUUUAAGCAGCCUCAAUUUAUGGUAAAAUUGGAUUAAUUUCAGUUUGCUCAACGAAUGCCAUCAGGAAUGUAAUAAGGAAUGCCAUAGGGAAUACCAUAAGGAAUGCCUUAAGGAAUGCCUUAAGGAAUGCCAUAAGGAAUGCCAUAAGGAAUGCCUUAAGGUAUGCCAUAAGGAAUGCCAUAAGGAAUGCCUUAAGGUAUGCCAUAAGGAAUGCCAUAAGGAAUGCCUUAAGGUAUGCCAUAAGGAAUGCCAUAAGGAAUGCCUUAAGGAAUGCCAUAAGGAAUGCCAUAAGGAAUGCCAUAAGGAAUACUAUAAGGAAUGCCAUAAGGAAUGCCAUAAGGAAUGCCUCAGGUUAUGCCACCUGGAAUGCCACUUGGAAUAACGCCAUAAGGAAUGCCUUAGGUUAUGCCACCUGGAAUGCCUCAGGUUAUGCCACCUGGAAUGCAGCCAUAAGGAAUGCCACCAUCAGGAAUGCCUCAGGUUAUGGCACCUGGAAUGUUUGGAAUGCAAUCUGGAUUGCCUGGGCUUCCACCAGGAGCACCAUAUUCAAUUACAGUCGGACCACCAGGAAUUACUCCUUAAAAUAUGCCUUUUAACUUUAUACCUUAAAACAAUCAGAUGUAAUUUCCUUCAGUAUCAUUGAACCAUAUUAAGCCUUCUGAUGAUAACCAGAUACUAUUAAAGAAAGAAGUAGAAAAAUUAAAAAAUGAAAUGGCUACUAUUGAAGAGGAAAAGUCAAAAAUGGAAAAUGAUUUAAAAAAAAAAAUCCACCAAUUAAAUGAACAGAUAAAUAAUUUAAAAAGAGAAUUCGAUGAGUAAAAAUUCGAACUACAAAGUGAAUAUUAAAAAAAAGAGUAAGAAAAUAAAGAGAAUUAAGAGAAAUAACACAAAGAAUAAAUAAAAACGAAUAGGAAAUGGAAUUAAAAGAACGAGAGAAAAAAAGCAUAGCAGAUACAAAAAGAUUUAAGACAGAAAUUGAAGCCUUAAAAAGCUAAAUCCAGCAAUUAUAAGAAGCCAGUAAUAAUAUUUCAACAUUUUAAAAUUAACUCAAACGAUGAAUUGCAAAAAUUAAAAAAAUAAAAUUAAGACAACUUAGCUCAAAUGAAAUAAAAAGAUUAAGAGAUUGCAUAAAAAAAUCUAUUGAUCUAAAAUUUAAAUUAACUCAAGUCGAAUGACUAAAAUAAAGAGUAAUAGGAUAAAAUUGCAAGGUUGUAAAAAGAAUUGUAUGAAAAAACUGAAAUUAUUCAUCAAAUAACCUAAGAGAAUAAGCAUUUUAAUGGUUUAAGAAAUGAUAUAGAAAAUGAAAACAAAAACCUAUUAACAGAAUUAGAAAUUAUGCAAAUGGAAAUUAAAAAGUAUAAAAAUACAGAAGAAUAUCUAUAACAAUAAUUAGAAGAAUAAAGUAAAACAAUAUUUGAAUUAUGCAAAAAAAACUAAAUUGAUAAUGCAAAAGAAUUAGAAAAUUAAUUGAAGGAGAUUAAAGAAAAUAGAGAAUAGAAAAAUAAAAAUGAAUAGGAAAAGUUCAGCAUUGAAAAAGAAAGAAUAUUAUAAAGGCAACAAUAAGAGAAAUAAUAAUAGUAAUAACUAAAUCAGCAAGGCAAACAAAAAAUGAAUGAGUUAGUAAGAAAAGCUGGUUAAAUUUAAUGUUGCUUCGUAAUAGAUUUAUUUAAAUCAAAUGAAAAAGUAGGGAAUGCUAUAAUAAAAGCUACAGAAACAUGUUGCUCUUUAAUUAAAAAAACGACAAACAGAAAUUCGUUUUGGGGUGCAGUUUUAUAUGGUUAUUAAAAGAAGGGGUUAGAUAUUUAAACUCAAAAAUUUGCAUAAUCUGCUGAUGUGUUAUCAGGGUUUUUAAAAAAAUAAAAAUAUAUAAAAGAUCCUAAAGAUUAGCCAGAAGAUUUAAAGUCUGCUUUGAAAGAGAUGUUAAAAUUAGACUGGAGUGAGAAAUAUAGACUUGCCAUUUUAAUAGCAAACUCUCCCUGUCAUGGAAAAAAAUUCCAUAAUCCUAAAAAAUAUUCUAAAUUUUUCGGUUUAUGGUCUGUUGAAUAUGAUACAAAAUCAGAUGACGAUAUUGAGCAAGUUAUUAAAGAAGUAGUUAAAAAAGACAUCGUUGUAUUAGUAAUUAGGUUUAAUGAAGACACGAAAGUAAUGUGCAGCGAAUUAGAUAAAGUGUAUACCAACCUUGGUUAUCCUUAACUAUUUCAUACGCUUUCAAUAAAGGGGCUUGAUUAAAAAAAUUCUGAUUGUGAACUUGCAAUGCAAAUUUAGAAAAUGGCUGCCUUUAUAAUAGGAACAGAUAAUAAAAUGACAAAAACAAAAAUCAAUCAAUAAGUUAGAUUGUAAAAUUUUGAAGAGGGUUAAAAUGAUAUGAAAAAUUUAAAAGUGGAAGUUGUUGAGAUAAAUAACGAUAUUCAAAAAGAGAUCUCAAACAAAGGAGAGGGAAAACAAAAAGAUAUUUAAUAAGUUUCAGUCUAAAAUGCAAUCGAAGAUUAAAAACAAUAUGAAGCACUUAUUGAAGAAGCAAAAAAUUAAUAAUAUGGUGCUUUGUAAGCUCUAACUAGAAAAGGAGAUAUUACUAAAUUCGAAGAAAAAGCAGAUUGUGAGGUAUUUCGUUGCAAAGUUUAUAAAGUUGAUCUUAAAUAGGAAUCAUUUUAAAAAAAAAUAGAAAAUAUUGAUUAAAUUAGAUAUGACUAAAAUGAUUUUGAGUUAAUUUAAGAAAAUGAAUGGGACUGUAUUAGAACUAAAUCUCCUUUUGCCUUUGGAAUGAUGAAGGCAGUGUAUUUAAUGAAAAAAAGAAAUAAUACAACAGAAAUUUAUGUUGUAAAAGUCCCAAUUGUGAAUGGGAUUUAUAAAUCAAAAGGAUAGGCUGUUGAUGAUUGCCGAUCACAUUUAAUUGCUAAAAAUUUAAUGAAAGAAUUUAUAAAUAAAAUCAGAAGUAAAAAUAAUGGAAUAAAAGAAGUUUAAUACACAGACUUUUUAUUGCUGGAAGAAAAUGAAAAUAAAUAUUGGAUUGCUGAAAGAUUCUUUUCUGGUACUUUUGAAAAGUAUAAUAACAAUGAUGGUUUCAUAAAUGAUGUUGAUAGUUAAUUGAACUCCAUCUCUUAGGCUUUCUCAUUUUUUACUUAUUAGAGAAGUUAAUACAACUACAUUGUUAAUGAUAUUUAAGGUGUUGACGUUUACUUUACCGAUCCAGCCAUUAACACAACUAAAGGAAACUUUGAUGAAACUGAUGUUGGAGAGGAAGGAAUAUCAAAUUUUUUGUCAACAUUAUAAUUGAAAAAGCAUUUAUGUGAAAAAUUGCUACAAUCAAUUGAUAUUGAAAUUGAUUGACACUAAGAUUCGAUUGAAAUUAAUUAUUAUACAACAUAACCUAAAUAUGAGUAAUGCUUAAUAAA